AUGCCUCUCACUCACCAUCUCAUCAACUGGUUCAAUGUUUUCCCAACCCUUCCCAUUCUUUUUUUCAGUUUGGCUGAGAUGAAUGAACAACUAGCUUUCCGAGAAGCGGCUAGUAACGAGGUGAAGGAGGUGACAAUUUUGAAACAGGCGGAUUUCCCGUCCAUAUACAAAUGGGUUCAGGAUCGAUGUGUUUCUCCGGUGCGCGAAUUGACGUUUGCCAACGCCGAGGAGAUUGCCGAUGAGGGUUUACCGUUUCUACUCUUGUUCUAUGAUCAAAAGUCUGCUCAUUUAAAACGCCUUUUCCAUGAGCUAGUGAAGAACCAUUUGCAGGAAGAACGCCGGACGGUGAACUUCUUGACUGCGGACGGAGUGGUUUUCUCACAUCCGCUUAGUCAUUUGAACAAGACACCCAAAGAUCUACCACUGAUUUGCAUUGACUCUCUGGUGCACAUGUACAAACAUCCGCUCCCCGUGGAUGUCAUCCUGAGCGAUCCCGCUUAUUUGAAACAAUUCGUGGCUGAUCUUCACUCGCAAAAGCUACAUCGUGAGUUCCACUACGGACCGGACUCAGACCAACCGGAAAUCGCAAAAUUAAAACCCACUCCGGCUGCGUCCAACAAGCAGAUCAUCCACAACGAUGAACAAGGGCUUGAUCGCCGCGCAGACAGUGAACAGUUUAAUUGGCCCAAUGCCAAUGCAAUCAUUCCAGCAACUGCGGCGGAAAUCCCAUGUGUGAUAACAUGUGAGCCCCAACAACAGAACUAG